ACGCCCAACUCCCUCUGAAUCGUGCACCUUGGUGCUGAGCACACAGCAAAAGUUUUUAGCUUCCCCUCAGUUUCUGGUGCUUCUCAGGGGAGAGGAAAGGACUUUGGCUUUACACCCAAGAGGCGGUCAGGGAACCAUCUCCUUUAACUUUUCUUCUCUGUGAUCAUUUGCGAUGAAGAGGAAACAGAAGAGAUUUCUGCAGAUGACUUUGUUAUUCAUGGUGGCUGUAAUUUUCCUGCCCAGUAUUGGUCUCUGGUCUCUGUACAAGGAUAAGCACCUGGUGAAAUCGACGGAGCCCGGAGAGCAGCAGACAUUUCCACUGGGCCUGGGAGAUGGGCAUUUCUAUGCAUGGACAGAUGGUUUAAGAAGAAAGGACUGGCAUGACUAUGGGAGCAUUCAGAAAGAGGCUAUGCGCUCAGGGAAAGGUGAACAUGGGAAACCUUACCCCCUCACUGAAGAGGACCACGAUGAGUCAGCUUACAGGGAAAAUGGUUUCAAUAUUUUUGUCAGCAACAACAUUGCUCUAGAGAGGUCCCUGCCAGAUAUCCGCCACGCAAACUGUAAGCACAAGAUGUACCUGGAAAGGCUACCAAACACCAGCAUCAUUAUCCCAUUCCAUAACGAAGGCUGGACUUCACUCCUCCGGACCAUCCACAGCAUCAUCAACCGAACCCCAGAAAGUCUGAUUGCAGAAAUCAUCCUGGUCGAUGACUUCAGUGAUAGAGAACACCUGAAGGAGAAGUUGGAAGAAUACAUGGCUCGGUUUUCCAAAGUGAGGAUUGUUCGCACCAAGAAAAGGGAAGGGCUGAUCCGGACCCGACUCCUGGGGGCGUCCAUGGCCAGAGGCGAGGUCCUUACGUUCCUGGACUCCCACUGCGAAGUCAACGUCAACUGGCUUCCCCCGCUCCUCAACCAGAUUGCACUCAACCACAAAACCAUCGUGUGCCCCAUGAUCGAUGUCAUUGACCACAAUCACUUUGGGUACGAGGCCCAGGCCGGGGAUGCCAUGCGCGGCGCCUUUGACUGGGAAAUGUACUACAAGAGGAUCCCCAUCCCUCCAGAGCUGCAGAGGGCGGAUCCCAGCGACCCUUUUGAGUCUCCCGUUAUGGCUGGAGGUCUCUUCGCCGUGGAUCGCAAAUGGUUUUGGGAGCUGGGGGGCUACGACGCAGGUCUGGAGAUCUGGGGCGGAGAGCAGUAUGAGAUCUCCUUCAAGGUUUGGAUGUGUGGAGGAGAAAUGUUUGACGUUCCAUGUUCUAGAGUUGGUCAUAUCUACAGGAAGUACGUCCCUUAUAAAGUUCCAUCUGGGACCAGUCUGGCAAGAAACCUGAAGCGGGUGGCGGAGACCUGGAUGGAUGAGUUUGCCGAGUACAUUUACCAGCGGCGCCCGGAGUACCGGCACCUGUCCACGGGGGACCUCUCCGCGCAGAAAGAGCUGCGCAGACAGCUCAAGUGCAAGGACUUCAAGUGGUUCAUGGCGGCGGUGGCCUGGGACGUGCCCGAGUACUACCCUCCAGUGGAGCCCCUACCCGCAGCCUGGGGGGAGCUUCGAAACGUGGCAGCAAACCUCUGCGUGGACAGCAAGCAUGGAGCCACAGGGACCGAGCUGAGGCUGGAUGUCUGUGUCAAGGACGGUUCUGAGAGGACGUGGUCUCAUGAACAGCUCUUCACCUUUGGUUGGAGAGAAGAUAUUCGGCCUGGUGAGCCCCUGCACACCCGAAAAUUCUGCUUCGACGCCAUCUCCCAUAGCAGCCCAGUCACUCUGUAUGACUGUCACGGCAUGAAAGGGAACCAGCUCUGGGGACAUCGAAAGGACAGAACAUUAUUCCAUCCUGUGAGUAGCAGCUGCAUGGAUUGCAACCCAGCAGAGAGGAAGAUUUUCAUGGCCAGAUGUGACCCUCUCUCCGAGACUCAGCAGUGGAUCUUUGAACAUAUUAAUAUGACUGUUUUAGAAAAAUUUAACUACCAUGCCAGCUCCUAGAAAGAAAAAAAGGAAGGAAGAAACAGUGAUUACCUACAGGUUAUAAAAACUAAAUUUUAGCCAGUCUCUGGGUCAAAGGAGUCAGGAAUAACAUUUCCUAGAUCCAGGAAGUCUGGUUUAAAGAUAUGUAGAUGCCACGUCAAAGUUGGUUGUCCCGAAGAACUUCCUGCGCCUGAGGAACUUGGCUAAGAACCUCACCAGCUGCUUCUGAGAACUUGAGCAGUCCCCUUGCUGGCCAAGGGCAAAGAUGAUUUAGGGACUUUUGCAAACAACUGCUGAGUUAAUGAAUCCUAGCAUUUCUCAGGUCAAAUCCUGCAGUAGUGGGUAGCUAUGAAUGGAUCCUCUUAAGUGGGUGGGUGGGGUGCAGGUGAAGGGCAUGACUGCUCCGACGACCUGUCGCAGGUUUAGAAC